UGGCAGCGGAGAUAGGAGAAAAUAAAAAAAAGCUGGCAGGGCUAUAACUCAUCCGGGGCUCCCGGGAUCUGAGCGGACUGAUUCUGGAAGGUUCUACUUUUCACAUAACGAUCCUCAUCGUCCAGGAAACGUCUAUAGACCCCUGAGGUUUUUUGAAUGUUUGAUUUGCCAACUGCAGCCCCCAGAGACAUGGCGGACAACUGGCUGACCUACCAGACAGAGGGGGAAAUGAGUCACGAGGACUUGUCUGGGUCCAUCAACUUAGAUGACAGUUUAACCAGUCUUCAGUGGCUGCAAGAAUUCUCAAUCAUCAAUGCCAACGAGGGAAAGACCCCAUCGUCAUCUGGAGAUCCUCAUGGCUAUCGGCAGUUGCCAGGCUCAGCUGCCCCCUGCUCUCCCUUAGCUGCUGAUCCAGCCUGUUUAGGAAUGCCACACACUCCAGGCAAACCCACAUCUUCAUCUACCUCGAGGGCAGCCCUUCAGGGACUUCAGCCCAUGGAGGAGAUUGACUAUAAAACCAACCCGCAUGUUAAGCCCCCUUAUUCCUAUGCCACCCUCAUAUGCAUGGCAAUGCAAGCAAGCAAGAAGACCAAGAUCACACUCUCUGCAAUCUACAAGUGGAUCACCGAUAAUUUUUGCUACUUCAGGCAUGCCGACCCUACCUGGCAGAAUUCCAUUAGGCACAACCUUUCUUUAAACAAGUGCUUCAUAAAAGUCCCUCGAGAGAAAGAUGAGCCUGGAAAAGGUGGAUUCUGGAAGAUUGACCCACAAUAUGCUGACCGUCUCAUGAAUGGUGCCAUUAAGAAGCGACGGCUGCCACCUGUCCAGAUCCACCCAGCUUUUGCUGGUGCGCACUCUAAUCCUUGCUCAGGUGGCAAUAUAGGCUCUGGUUGGCCAUUGAGUGUCAACGUAGAGUCUCAUAAUUUGCUAAAGGAGUUUGAACAGGCCACAGGUGAACAAAUCUGGAAUUCUACUGGCGAACAUGCUUGGAAUGUGGCAGAUGUCAAAGGUCACAAGCGCAAACAGCCAUUACCAAAAAGGAUGUGCAAGAUACCCCGUCUAUCCAGCUCCCCAUUGUUAUCACAAGAUGAACAGUCCGAGUUAGGAUCCCUGAAAGGUGAUUUUGACUGGGAAGUCAUCUUUGAUGCCAACAUUAAUGAAGCCAACUUUGCUUCCUUUGAGGAUCUAGAAGGAACACCUCCAUUAAGUCCAGUCACCAACUCUGUUGACCUGACCGUCCAUGGGAAGCAUAUAGGUUGUCCUCAACAGUGGUACCCCAUGAGGCCAGAACAAGCAGCAGUCCAAAACAAUUUGGAUUUUGAUGAGACAUUCUUGGCCACUUCGUUCCUCCAGCACCCUUGGGAUGAAGCCCGAAACGAUUUCCUAUCUAACUCUGCCAAUCUUGAUCAACUCUUUGACCUCAAUGAGGAAUUCCCUCCAGGACUCAACGACUGGGCCUCCAUAGGCUCCUAUUUAUAACAAUAAUGGUGCCAUCUAGAACUGUUAGAGACACAUAGAUGUUUCAUUUUUGUAUUAUAGUUCAUAUAUAAAUAUAUAUAUAUAUAAGUUUAUCUUAAAAAGAAUUUGUAAAAAAUAAAACUUUAACUCGACUAUGGAGCAGGAGUUCAAUUCAAAGUUUACAAGGCUGGUAAAAGGAAAACCCAGCACUCGCUCCACAAUAUCAUUCUGCCUUACAGAAAUUGUUCAAAACUGUUAACUCUGGACUUCAAAAUGCCCCAUAUGUUUCCUCUUGUCCUAACGCAAGAACAGUGCUUGGUAAAAAACAACAAAAAAAAACUUUUGUACUUAUUUUUCUACAUACUAAAGCAAAAAAGGAUUUGCUUAAUGUUAUAUGUUAUUUUCUUAAAAGUAUAGUCUUUUAUGGAGAGCCCAAGUAUGAUAUGUGAUCUCAAAAAAAAGUUGCAUGAAUGAUUCUGAUUUAUAAAAAAAAACUGAAGCAAUGAAAUGAAGAGGUUUGUCCUAAUGCAACAAAUCCUUUUUCGAGUACAGUUUUCAUAGCACAGGUUAGAAUGUGAAAGCUGAUACAUGAUUGGUUGAUAUGGGCAAUAGUCCUAUUUUUCUGCUUCAGUUUUUGUAACUCACCUAGUUCGUACUGAUUUCCAGUAUGUUGCUAUCCUUGGGCACUAUGGACUUUGUGUGCCCAUGGCAGAAUAAAGGGCUAUUUUUUUUGUUUCACUGAUAAUGUAUAUUUUGUUCAUUUUGCCUGUUUAAUAUAUUUUUUUUAUGUUAGAUUCUGUUUGUUUGAAAAAAAAAAAAAAAUCAAAACAUUUUACAUGUAUUAUUUUUUCAUGGCAGAUUGCCUUGCAAACCCUUUUUUUUGAGCUAAGAGAAUAUGAUUUGGUGGCAGGUAGGAUGUUGUGAUAAAUUAUAAGCGGUUGCUGCUAGCAAUUUUAAAGAAUUCUUAAAAGAUACAAGUUUUCUGGAAUCAGUUUGAUAUAUACAAAAAUGUAAAGCCUUUGCUGCCAGAGUCCAUAAAGUUUUUUCCCGCUCUUCUGGUGUUAAGAGUUAAGUAGGUGGCCUUGCUUGAAUUCCAAUACGUGGAAGAGGAACAAAUAGGUUUGUGUGCCGUAUGUGUGCGUCUGUGAACAGAAUUGGCAUCAGUGAACAAUAAGGAGUUUAUGACUGUUCAACGCUUGUUUGAAUGACUUAAACAUUGUUAUGCAAUUUCAACUGGGGUGGAAAUUAGGGCUGAAUGCUCUGGGAAGAUGUGAAUACAUAAGAAACAACAGCACACUUGUAUGGGCUUUGAAGGUGCAUUGAGUUUCUUUGCAGUUUCUACUGUUCUGUAGAAAUAAAUAAAUCUCAGAAAGAAAUAAA